AGUUUACUCACUCCUUUUUUCCUCCUCCUUUUUACACUCCUUGCCCGGUGGACGGGUGCGAUCAUUUCUACUCCCGCUUGCUUGUUCUGUAAACACAACCCUGCGUUUGUGUGCGUCUUCCGAAACGCACAAAUCUUUCUGGAAGCUCAAGGAGGGGAGAUCAUUCAGGAGAAUGGGUUAUGAGGGAAGAAUGGAGUUCCCAGACCAUAGCCGCCAGUUGCUGCAGUGUUUGAGUCAGCAGCGUCACCAAGGUUUCCUGUGUGACUGCACCGUUCUGGUCGGGGAGGCUCGCUUCAAGGCGCACAGAGCCGUGCUGGCCUCCUGCAGCAUGUACUUCCAUCUCUUCUACAGGGACCAGCUUGACAAAAGGGACGUUGUGCAUCUCAACAGUGACAUUGUGACAGCGCCGGCCUUCAGUCUGCUGCUUGAAUUUAUGUAUGAGGGCAAGUUGGAAUUCAGCACUCUUCCAGUGGAGGACGUGCUGGCAGCAGCCAGCUACCUCCACAUGUACGACAUCGUCAAAGUGUGCAAAGGCAAGCUGAAAGACAAGGAGCUCUCCCCGCUCGACGAGAAGAUGGGCGAGGCUUUCGGACUCAGCUGUUUGGAGCGGGACAAUUCCUCGGACGGCGAGCCGCGCGGUGACAAGCAGCCCGGAAGGCGACGGGCUCGGGGGCCCCCGGGGCCCCCCUCCCCGCCGGAACAGUUUGACACGGACAGCGGCGAAGCGGGGCUGGCUGUCAGCGACUGUGAAAGGUCUGCGCGGAACAGGCAGAAGGCAAACGGUCACUCCGGCAGGUCCCCGGACCUUGUAGGUGUCAAUUAUGUGUCAGCGGAGGGCGAGCCUUGCGUCCAAACAGCUGGAAAAACAAACGCUGAUGUCAGUAGUUCCACCGUAUCACUGUCCCGGAGGUCCCGGGCUUCGGAUGACAUGGACUGCGCUCUGGAUUUGUCUUUCAAGCCUCUGUCUACCAGAGAUCCCUUACAGGCCUCCUACAUCUCGGGACAGCUGGCCCUCGACAGCCAGCAGCAGGGCACUGAGCCACUUGUUAAAGAUGAACACGACUUGCUGUCAGAGCAGGAGGACAGUGAGCCCAUGAGCCCCGAGAGCCAGCGCUUUGGGAAUAGCGCCAGGAGCUCAGUGGUGACAGGGUUCGCUGCCCUCUUCCCAGGCAACAACGGCUCCACCGCCGCCCUCCUCUCCCAGGAGGAAGACCUGAUGGACGGAGGGGAGGCCUGCGGGCAGAGGAGGGAGGGCACCCCCGGCGGGGAGGAGAGGAGGGGAGGCUCGGGGGACAGCGAGGAGGAGGAGGAAGACGACUUGGCUUCUUCGGACAUCUCCACCUCCAGCGGUGUGCUCUUGCCCGGCGGGCAACAGGCGUGCGUGUGCCCCCUGUGCAGCAAAAUCUUCCCCAGCCCCCACGUCCUGCAGCUGCACCUCAGCUCGCACUUCCGCGAGAAGGACGGCGCCCGCUCCAAGUUGUCGCCCGACGGCUCGGUGCCCACCUGCGUGCAGUGCAACAAGACCUUCUCCUGCAUGUACACCCUCAAGCGGCACGAGCGCACGCACUCCGGCGAGAAGCCGUACACCUGCGGCCAGUGCGGCAAGAGCUUCCAGUACUCGCACAACUUGAGUCGCCACGCCGUGGUCCACACGCGGGAGAAGCCGCACGCGUGUAAAUGGUGCGAGCGCCGCUUCACCCAAUCCGGGGACUUGUAUCGCCACAUCAGGAAGUUUCACUGUGGCCUUGUUAAAACGCUCGCCAUCGGAUAAAGCGCUCGACCUGUGCCGACUCGACCCCCGUGUGUCUUCUCACAAAUUAGUAUUCACACACUGGCAGUUGGGAUUCUACUCCUUUUGGCAUUUCUCUCGACGUAGCAACUUUAGGAGCAACUGGCCCAGACUGGCAAACGGCAUCCGCGUGCAAGUUGAACAAAGCAGAUGAUGCACUUUGUUUGUGUCUCGUGUCCGUGUGUUGACUCUAUUUGAAGAGCCGAAAAGCAUCCUGAGGGCACAAUACAGGAUGCUAACGUGUGUUUAUACAAUCGACUAUUUGUGCACAUAGGAGAUCAGAACCGUCCGUUUUCCUACUUUAAUAUUAUUAUUUAUUGGGGUAUUUUUAACAAGUAUUUGGAGGCAGCAAAACUAAUGAAGUUAAACGACUGGAAUUUUCUUUUCAUGGAUGUUUUUGUUUAUAGGUCAACAUUAAACAAGACAAAAGUAUAAUGUACAUUAUUGUAUUUUGCCUUAGAAUCACCUGUCCUGUUUUGAAAUCAUGAAUGUGAACUAAUUGAAGAAAUGGCCUCAUUGCUACUUAAAAAAUGUACAUUCAAAGGAGAGGCUAGAGUCGAUGCCUGUAACACUUGUGCCUCUUUAGUGUACUUCUUGAAGAGCGAUCUAUCGCCAUGCCUUUUUGUCAGAUCCACUCACGCAUACCGGAGGCUAACAAUGGUAAUAGGCAGCGCUGGAAUGCAAAUUGAUCCACGAGUGCCCUUAGAAGUGUGUGACCCAACCAUGUAAAUGAAGCUCUUAUGAUGUUAUUGAUUGUAGAAGAAGACAAACAGCAGACGAGUGUGAUAUUUCCUGGUAUGGCAGCAGUAUAAUCAAAGCAGUACUUAGUCACCGUGCGGGGACGGAACGAGACAGGUGGAAAAUCACAACCGCUAAAGAUACUUUCUUUUUAAAUUAACAUUCUCGUGCUCACCGUAGUUUCUUACUGUAUGUUUUACUACUGAAGUUGAUGCCUUUAGCGAUUUAAAAAACAAACAAAAAAAAAACAAGGUUGUGGGCAGGAAGGAGUUCAACUCAUUGCUAAAUAGUUUCUUUUUGUGUCUAAUCUGUCCUGAGAAGACUUGAUCGGAAUUUAUUUAUUAGUUUGGUUCAGGGUUUACUGUAGGUGUGUUUUGAUUAGCUCGAAUGUUGGUACUAUUAACUGGUCUUGGGGCUAUCUCUUUUUUUUUUUUUUUCCUCUCUGUGCAAAUCAAGUUACUGUAAUUGUGCUUUAAUAGUGAAAUGUCAGUCACACGGAACCGAGAGAAGCACUUGUUUUUUUUUUAGCAUGCACAACCAGUAGUUUCAACACUAUUUCCUAGGCUGCUAUCACAAUUUGUAUAUUUAAUGUAAAUAUAUAUUCUAUUUAUGCGUGUUUUUAUAACACCCAUGGGGUGGAGUGGGUCAGGUGUCUUAUUAAGGCUGCAUUGUCUUCCCAGGGGUGGGAGUGGAAGGGGGGGCGAGAGGUAAGCAGACUGCAAAUCAGAAUCGGGAUUUUCAUUCAGCUCUGCUGUUCUACCACAGGAAAUAGUUUUUCUACAAGCACAGCCCAUAGUGAGUUGGCUACCUAUAGAAAUGAGACAAUACUAGCAUUGUCCCCCCCGCGGCCCCCACAUCCACACACAAGUCCCAGGUAGUUCUCAAGGGAUCAUUGUGUAUCUCCCUUCGAGCUGAGGGGUGGGGGCAUGUGCACGUUUCUCUUGGCGCUCUGCUGUAUUGAAUGGAGGCAAUGGAAUGUGAGAAAUGUAUUUAGGCGAAGGGAAACCAAGGAGACUGUAAACAGGUGUAUUGUUUAGAGGCAUCAAAGUCCUGCCCCCCCCUCCCCCCCCAGCCCUCCCUCCGCACAGCAUGCAGUUAGAUAAAUGCUUCAUUGUUCUACUGAGGGGAGAGACCGUUGCGAUUUGAUUGCACACCUAUAAAGAGAUUAUCCGAGUUAUCAUUGCAUCCCGUGUUCCCAAUGAACACGUAGACCUACAGUGAUACCCAUGUAUGGCCCCUGUUCUAACAUUGAAUAUGUCAAAUUAAAAAUUUGCUAAAAUUAAUUACACUACAAAAUUUUGAUAUUUUCCCGAUUUUUCUGCCUGUCAAGAUAUCAAGGUUAGCAUCGAUUGUGCAGUAAAUAUUUAAAUAUACUUUUAUUUACUUGCUGUUCACAAUCUCAUUUUGGGUCGUGACCCACCAGUUGAGUGACAUUGAUCUUAUUGAACAUAAAAGUGAACAUUAACACUGGACCCUCUUUCAAGACUUCACUUGGUAUGUUUUUGCUACUUUUUUAACAAAAGAAUUGUAACAGUUUAGCAGCAGAAUUCUGCUCAAGCAUCCAACCUGUCUUACACUCCCUCAGUGUUACCAUUUUCAUGAGCACCACUAUUCCAUGUACAGUGAAACCUCGAGUUACAAACUAUUAAUCCUGUAACCUUGAAAUGUUCAUAUAUUGAGGUAAUGUUUUUCAGUGAAAUUAAUAGUAAUAUGAUUAAUCCGUUCCAGCCCCAUAACUAAGUUAUACCCACUUCAAUUUUUUUAAUGCGUCUGUUGUUACAAAUAAAUACAAUAUAGAAAUAAGUGAAAACACUGUUAUUUAAAAAAAAAAAAAAACAACACUUGACAGCUAUGCGUUACGCAUGUUGCCAAUAAUGGUUACACAGUGCAAGAAAAAGCACAAUAUAGAUCAUCCAUCAGCAACAAACAUAUUGGACGUUACCCAAAUUGUUCAUAAAAAGGAAUGUUUGUAACUCAAGGUUCCACUUAACGUGCUUUUUGUGUAACAUUAAUAAUGUAUACAGGCGAGAAAAUGCUCCACGUUCGGUCAGAUGUUUCCUGAUUCUUGAAUGUACAUGUGUACAAAGGCAAAAAAAAAAAAAAAACUAACACAGUGUAAAGAUGUGUAUUUCUUUUAUGGCAGUUAUUUAAUGCCCCAGGAUGUUCACCGAGCGUGCCUUGUCGACACAAAUAGGUGUUGCAUCUGGAGGCGCCUGAUUGUCCUUUGUGCACUUGCUCGAGUUCACACAACCCAACAACUACUGAUUUCUUUCUUUCAAAACACAUCGUGUAAAAUUCAUUUAAUUUUUGCUGCUUUGUGAGAGGUUCCGGGGAUGUUAUUUCAUUGUGUGAAUAAAUUUUACGAGGUGUUAAAUUGAGGACAAGCAUUUGUGGGAUUGUUUUUGUGUCCAGUAGUUCCUUGGGUCAUGUCACUGCAGAGAUUCUCAUUGUUGUCUUUUCAUGGAAACAAAAGGCUAUGUUUGCCUAACUCACGCUGUAUGAUUUUGAAGUCAGGAAAUGGCCAUUAUCAAACACUGGAUUUGUGUCCUCUGUUGCAGGUUCCAACUGUGAAUUUGUGUAAGAUCACAAGAAAUAUUUAUUAUUAUUAUUGCAUUUGUUUCUCUUGCAGCCUCUGACUUUUCAUUUGGUUACAUCAGCUAAAUGUCAAACGGACAACUUUUUAAUUGAAAUUGUAGAAGUGCCAUUAGAAUUUAAUAUAAUUUUUUUUUUAAUAAGAAUCAUAUAUUUUAUAGUAAUUGCUUCAGUGUUAGUGGUGUAGAGAUUAGAGGACAAUCUUUGAUUAGAUACUGAGGCAAUUUACUGUGCAUUUUACUUGUUUUGUGUGUGUUUACCGAGGUGUGUGUGUGUGUGUGCCGUGGAAAUGUGACAAUCUGGAUUUAGGUCUUUAUAAGACUAUGCAUAGAAUUAAAUGGAACAACUUUG